AUGAAACCAAGUCCUGACCCCGAAGAAGAGGGAGAGGGCCUCGGGCACUCAAAGUUUAACAUCCAUUGCUUCCUGAAUGGAGGGAUGUCCACCUUCCUCCCCACCCUUGUUGCUUUCCCUGUCUACAAGACUGUUUUCCGUCAGCAAAUCAACAACCAACCUUUUCCCGAGGCAGUGGGUGAGCUCUUCAGAGAGGGACCUAGGAAGCUCUACAGGGGCGUGGGGCCACCAUUACUAAUGCAGACACUGAAGGGCACCCUGCUGUUCGGUCUUCAGGAAGCUAUCCUCCACCAACUCUCGCUAUCCUCCCAAAGUGUCAUCUCCACCUCGGCCCUGCCUGCUCUGGCUGGGUUUGGUGCCGGUCUGGUGGAAGCUGUGGUGUUUACUCCCUUUGAGCGUGUGCAAAAUGUGUUGCAGGAUGGCCGGAACUACCGUGAUCUUCCCACCCUGAAGAGCGUUCUUGUCAGGCUGAGGGCACAGAGGCUGACCCUUGGGUACUACAGAGCCUUCCUGCCCAUCGCGGCCCGCAAUGCUCUUGGUUGCUCCAUCUACUUUGGUCUGAAGGGGCCCGUAAGUGCUGCUGUGGCGGGAGAGUGGUGCCAUCCUAUGGCUUCCUCUUUUAUAUCAGGGGCGCUGACUUCCCUAGCAAGCAGCUUGUCAAUCUACCCGCUCUCUGUGCUGGUGGCAAACAUGCAGGCACAGCCGGUAGGAGAGGUGAAAGGGGUCAUGGCUUCAUGGAGGAUGCUGUGGAUGUCUCGGGAGCAGAGUGUGGCUCUGCUUUACCGAGGAGGCUCCCUUGUUAUUUUCAGAUCUUGCAUCACAUGGGGAAUCACCACUGCUCUCUAUGACAGACAGCGGAAACUCUCGGGCUGA